CUGGUUUGAUAUCUGCUGCAGGUAGCCAAGACUUUUGAGUUUAGUUUGCAAAUAUGUUCUCAAUACCAUCAAGAUCUUGCAAAUAUGUUCUCAAUACACUUAUGCAGACUUUUCAAAGUAAAAAUCUUGCUCAUGCUGCCAAGGAGAGCACUGUUCCUAUACUUAUUACUGAGCUUUUGCUCUGGCUUCUAGAUGAAAGGGUUCCACGAAUGGAUGAUGGUAGUCAGCUUCUGAAAGCCUUGAAUGUUCUGAUGCUUAAGAUUUUGGUGAGUCUGCUUUUGGAAAUUUAGUGAUUUUAUUCUUGUGUCUUAACUAUAAUUGGUUGGUCAUAUUCUGCAUGUUCUAUAAUGCUGAUCGAACAACAUCAUUCGUUGUGCUCAUCAAUCUUUUACGGCCUUUGGACCCAUCAAGGUAGCCAUCUCCAACAGCAAAUGAGUCCCUAGCUGUUAGAAAUCAAAAGUUCUCCGUUGGUUGUGAAAUGUCUUAUCAAACUUACCAAGG